AUGACGAAAGAAGUCAAGUCCGCGGGUCGCGCCUAUGAAAAUGUCCACCGUUAUCCUGCCUGUUCGCGUGUUUUCUACUAUGUACGCUGGAUUCUGAUCAUGCUGGCUGUUGGCAGCAUUGCACUGCCCGUGGAACACUACGUCAAAUGCCGCUAUUAUCAAAAGAACGAGAAAGCAGCGUGCCGGGGGGAGUCGAACUCUGUCAUGAUUGUUCUGGGCUGUGCCUUUCUGGUUUGGUGGCCCAUUGAGCGGGCCAUGUUUUACUUGGCCCGUCAAUAUGUCCGGAAUCCCACCCAGUGA